UUAGAUAUUCAUUUUUGUUAGAGUUACAAAUGACGAGUGUAGAAAGUCAAUUCAAACUUGUUAAUUCAAUUAUGCAUAGUCCACAUUACAUUGUGGUUUGAAUACGCGGUGCGGUUUGGAUCGCACCAAAUUUCUUAUCUAAGCAGUUCGGUUUGAACGCACCAAUUAAUUGCGGUCUAGUAUGCGGUGCGGUCCAAAUAACAUGCAGUGCAGUGCGGUUUGUGUUAAUGUGGUGCGGUGCGGUUCGAACCGCACCAAUGCCCACCCCUAGCAGAGAGACCUCUGCUCACCCAGCCGCCUAUGCCUCUUUUUUCUCUUCUCCCCUUCCCAAAAUCAUUCAUUGAUUAAUUCCUUUCCCCAAAUUCUCACAUUCCCAAAGAAGCCAACGUCUCUAGCCAGCAUUACUUUUCGACUCUUCAUAAAUCAUAAUCAACGUCUAAUGUCUUUAGUCAAUCCUUCCCCCCAUUAAAUACACGGCCAUUUUUUAGGUGAAGCAAAGCAUCUCCUCUUUUUUCAUUCUACCGACGAAAUAAUCCCCUCCUAGCUGAAGCAGCAGAAGAAAUCAAUCCAGCAAUCCCUUAUUCUGACUGAUUUGGUGGACGGUGGUUCCGCUUCGGCGCUCUCGCAGUCCCGCUCGGCGCUCGCCUUCUAACCCUGUUUUUGACUUGGCGACUGCUGUCUCUCCGCCGUGGUUCGGUAAUCUCCUAAUCGGUAAGAAUUUCGUGACCGUACUUGAAUUUGUGUAUUUCUUGCUUGUUGUCUGCUAGAGUCUGGAGACUCUGUUCUUCUUCAUACUUUGCUACAGCUAAGCUUGCUGCUUGGAGUUGGAGAUGGCCGAAAUAGUGAAAUUGGAAUGGGUUAUGGGCUAGAUGAAAUUGGAAUGGGCUGCCUAGUUGCCUAAUUUGUUUUGGGCCGAAAUUGGGGAGGAAGUUUCUGCCUAAUUUGUUUUGAAAUGGAAAUUGAAAUGGCUGGCCGAAUUUUUUUUGUAUUUUUUUUUUUUUAACGAAUCAUGUCAGUAACCUUAUGGUGAGUAACCAUAACUAACCCGUCCACAUCAGCAUCCCUCUCUUUCCUGCAAAGCCUUUAAUUUUCCCCUCCUUAAUCUUUGACGGACGAUUUCUCACUCGUUUUAAGUUGAAAUUUAAUUUUUUUUGCACAGUUAGAUCAUAUUAAUUGUACUCUUCAAAAUGAUAUCCACUUUGAUAUAUUUUUCGAACAAAAAAAAAUUGAGCCAUUUUUUACCAGUCUAUACCAUAUGGUAUUGACUGGUAUUGAAAUAAGAGCAUACAUAUGGUUUGAAAAGCGUAUCAUGGUGGUAUGAACAAACCAAGACUGUAGGAUGGUUGAAUACAUGAUAGUAGAAGUAUAUUAACUAUCAUUUACGACUUUUAACAUUGUGUACCACAAGAUACCACCCCAUACUAGGGUGGUAUUGUAUGGUAUUGUGUGGUAUUUUUUGGUCCUGUAAUUUGUUCACCCAAAAAUUUGUAGAUCCAAUAGAUCAUGAUGAACUCGUCCCUUCUGUGUAAACAUUUUCAAAAUCGAAUUAAAAACGAAGAAAAUACCAUAUGGUAAGCAGUUGGUACCGAGAGGCUAGAAUUUUUUUUCUAAAAAAAUAUUGAAAAUUGAUUUCAUUUUGUAGAGCACGAUGAACUCGUUCCAUCUGUGUAAAAAAAAAUUAAAAAUGGUCUUUAAUUCUCUGAGUUGAAAUGAAAAAGAUAUGAACCGAUUAAGAAAGCUAGGGAAAAUAAAAAUGGUCUUUAAUUCUCCAUCCUUAGAUCUGGAUUUUCUAAAUGAAGGGUCCAGAUUUGGUUAUUGAUGGGUGCAUAACCCAUUGUUAUGCACCCUAUCUUGAGCCUUUUUUUUCUUUUGCGGGGAUUUUGAUUCGAAAUUUGGAUUAGUUAGACUGCCGAGUGGAAUCAUUAAUUUUUGUAACAAUUUUUUAUUAUGGCAACUAGAAAAUUUGAAUUUGAUUACUUUUCAAACAAUGAUUUAUAAGUUAUUCCUAUUGUAAUCAUUUUAUGAACUUAUUUAUUGUUUAUAAUAAAUUUAUAGAGAAAACAUUUUAGGGUCACAUUUUUUAUUUUCGAAUAGGGCCUCCGAAUACAAUGGGUCGGCCCUGCGUAAAGGGACCUUCCAUUAUGUAAGGGUUACAUACGACAGUUAUUUCUUACGUAAUAGUUAAAUCAGCAUCGUAACAUAAGGCUUCCAUAAUGACUUUACACUUUACGUAAUCCAAUGCUAGUGUUCAUUAUGUAAAAUAACCGUCUAUUACGUAAGGCUCCGUAAUGGUGCUUCACGACUAUUACAUAAGGUUACCAUACGUUACGUAACUAUUACGUAAUACCUAUUGUUUUUACGUAAUGCAACCUAUUAAACUUGCUAUAGCAUGUAAAAAAAUUCAAAUUAUCUUACUUCAAAUUACCAUAGGAAAUCCCAAGAUUAUAAAGUGGUUGGCAAAACUUAAUCUCACGAUGGGGCUUUGGUAGGAACUGGGAAGAAGAUUAUCCAUGGAAGAUCGUCCCUUUCAUACGCUGGCAGGUAUAAGUCUGUUUUAUAGGCCCAUAAUAAGCAGCCCACCCUGCCCAGUGCCCACAAGCCCAAGUUUGAUUAUUAGUUAAUUCAACGAGAGUUCAUUUUUUUCUGUUGGACCCUCUAUGUAAAACACUUAAACUGUAAGUUUGUAACAUGGGAGAGAUCCAUGGUUCAUAAGUAGGAAACCAACCUUAACUGAUAAGACGCGUUUUGAGGUGAUAUAGACGAGAACUCCAAAGUUUAACGUGUUCAGUGUGGAGGACAACAAGGAUGAGUGACCUUAUGGGAAAUCACCCUGAAUUGCACCCCAAGUCGAAAUCCGUGCAGGUGUAGAGGCCCAAAGCGGACAGUAUCUUGUCGGGUAAAGGUUCGGGAUAUUACAAGUGGUAUCAGAGCAUCUUUGCGUCACUCUUACACGAUGGUGGGGCAAACCUCAAUGAGAACCUUGAGCCCCAGGGGGGAGUGUAUGUAACACCUUAGGCAAAUCCCACAUCGACAAAGCACGGGAGAGAUCCAUGGUUCAUAAGUAGGAAACCGACCUUAACUGAUAAGACGCGUUUUGGGUUAAAAUGGAGGAGUUCUCGUGAGAACUCCAAAGUUAAACGUGCUCAGUGUGGAGUACAACAAGGAUGGGUGACCUUAUGGAAGUCACCCUAAAUUGCACCCCAAGACGAAAUCCGUGCGGAUGUAGAGGCCCAAAGCGGACAUUAUCUUGUCGAGUACGGGAUGUUACAGAAACAUGGUUCCUCGAAAAAUAAACACUAAAACUAGAGCAAAGUCCGGCUCGUUGGCCAAUUGUAAUUCUUAGGGUAAAAUGGUAUUAGGGAAACUAAUUAAUUUUUACACCAUCGAUUAGGGAAGGUGCUUAUCCUACACACGAUGGAAAGGAACUGGCUUUUACUCGACCCCUUGGUCGAAGGAGUUUUGUUUUAUCCUUUACAUUGGUUAAUUUAUAAUUAUAUUUAAAAAAAAUUCCCGACCCGUUAGUCGGAUGAAUUUAUUUUAUUUUAUGUUGAUCAAUUUCUUCAUGUUGUUAAAUAAUUUAAGUUAUCUAAAAUAGUUCAUUCAUUAUUUCAAAGUAAUUUUUAUGCUAUGUAUUGAUUAUGACAUUAGCGAUAAUUAGUUAAUAGUUAUUUUUUUUAUCAAGUCAUACUAAUUUACUGUUGUGUAUUUUUUUCAUAUCUUAGAAGAAAUUUGUGGACUUUUUAUUAUACAAAUGAAUGGAGUUUGAAGGAAAUAUAUGUCAUCUAGAAUUGGUAGGAAUUAAAGGUAUAUAAAGAAAUCAAUAGAAUAACGAAAAGAUUAUGCCUUCAAAUCUCAAAUAUGGAAGAACACGAAAAAAUAAUGCUUAUUGUAUAAAUUAUUAUAAUUUAGUGUAUAGAUUUGUUUGAAUAAUAAAAAUUGAUCGAUUUGACUUAAUCAUAAGAAUUGGAACCCAAAAUUUUUAGAAUAUAUAAAUUUCAAAGUAUAAAAGGUUGUCAACCCGGUUUAGCCUGUUGGCCCGCUCGAUUAAGUGGUUUGAGAAUUAAUAGUCCAAUCGUUUAGUUCACUUUUUCCCAGAUAUAUGAAAAAAUCAAUAUAUUGUUCUUAUAUUUAUAAAUUAUGUAAAAUCUCAUCUACAUAUGGAUAAUAUUCUUACUCACCCGGACUGUCUACAUUUGUUUCUCCAUCUUCUACUUUCCGCUAUCCUCCUCCGAGCUCCUAAAAAGCACUCCAACAACAUGUAUUCAUCACGCGAUGAAGGCCGCACUCGUAUGGCGGCGGUGUGUGUCAGCAGUGCAGUCAAAAUCGCGUAUUAAAACGUAAAAACUUAUGUUUUUACGUAUCCAGGCCACCAAAACGUUUCAGUUUCUACCUAAAGUCGCUUAGUCACAAAAACUGGUAAAAACAUGGGUAAAAUCGAUAAAAUCACUUAAAAUUUGUAUAAUCGCGAUUCUGAAGCGUUUUUAUACGAUUUUGAUCAUCUCAUAAAAAUGUGCUAAUUGGCCCAAAAUGAUGUAAUUUUUGAGUUAUAUCAGGAAAAAGUAAAAAAAAUAAAAACAUGAUUCAUCACUCGUUCUACAACUAGUGUCGAGAUAGGGGGCUUCACAUUAGGUUGAAAAGACACCUAAUGGUAUUCUCAACAGCCCCUGACCUUCUAUAAGUCUUCUCCCUUAAUCUUUACCUGUGGCUCUUACCUGGGUUAUGAUAAAAGUUUAUGGGUAAUUGAUCAAACUCGUUUACGGGUAAUUAUGUAAACUCAAACCAGCUUAUGAGAAUUUGGAUUCUCAAGCUCGUUCACGGGUUAUGAUAUCUACGUUUAUGAGCUUAUUAUUUUCUCUACUUUUGAGUCAACACAAAUUAGUUUAUGUGUUAGAUAUUACAUUUUAAUAAUGAAUUUCAUGUAGUUAUUCACUUAUCUAAAAUCUACACACUCACAUUUUACAUAUUAUAUGUUGUACUUAACAUAUUUUAGUUAUUUUAGAGGGUGCGUCAAAAACUUAAGCUUUUACGCUUUGAUUCUACGUUUUACGAUUUUACUCAUUUCCCGCUUCUAGGUAGAAUCGCGCUUUUAACUGCAUUGUGUGUCAGAUGUGAAAUUAAUGAGGAACGUCCAAGUGGGAAUUGAGAGUGGGGGCGUUUGCCAGGGAAGGCAAUAUGUGAUGGAAGGCGAGACUGCCAGUAGUCUUUUUGUCUAAAAAUUGACUCGACGUAUUUAGCUUACCAAUUCGCAGGAGCUAGAACGGGAGCGAAAUAGCGUAUAUUCUUCGAGAAUUAUAAUUUGAGUGUUCUCAUAGAGCGUUACUAUUAUAUUAUUUUAAUUAAUAUAUUAUUUAACUUACUAACAUUUUUUGGUCAAAGUAUUACAAAAAAGCAGCGGAACAAUAAAAAUAAAUCAAUUUUAUUAGGAUAAUAGCUUUAAAUAAUCUGAUUAGGCCCGAAAACGGAACAAACUUCAAAAGUUGAAUAUAAAUCCACCAAAUUUUAUGAUACUGUUUUUCAUUUUUUAUUGAAGUCUUUAGUUUUAUUUUUUUAAGAAAAAGAGAAAUGAAUGCAUCAUUUAUCCACCCCCAUGCACUCAAUUAAUUGUUAAUAAAAGAGUCUUUAUCUUCUACUCCCCCUUCGAUUCUUGUUUCCUAAGCCGACGCUGGAGAUCUCGUGUAUAUGUACCAAAUUGGUAAAUUUUAUAUCAUCAGCCAUCUAACUAACCUCAUAUCCUUUUAUUUAGCCUCAAGCCCGUGAUUUGAUGAUCAAUUUCAUAGUCCCCAUUCACGAACUCGUGGUGUAUCCUUUUCGUCUUUGCUCUCCAGAUCUCAAGCGGCAACGCACGUAUACUUUCUCCCACGAAGAAGCGGAUCAUCGUCUUCGAGACAAUGUUGUUGAUUUGGCUAUAACUUGUUUCAUUUUAUUUUGUUUAUAGAAAGAGAAAUCUCUCAAAUAAGUGAUAUAUGAAAUAAAAUAUGUGAACUUUGAUUUCCGAUGCUCUGAUUUUUAGUUUGAGCUACAAUUUCUGGGUUUUGAAAGUUUGUAGUUUCUGUAAAAUAAUUAUGAAGAAAAAAUAUCAUUCCUACUUUCGCUCUCGUUGUAGGAAAUUUGAAACGAGACAACAAUUUUCUCAUUUCAUUAUUACAUAUUAUGUAGAGUGUAUAUAGAGACAUGUGAUUUCCCUACAAAUUCAUUAGCACAUUAAAAAAGGGUGAAAUGAACCAACUUAUUAAACUCCUAAUGAUUGUUGGAUCCAUCAUGUCAGAAUAGGAAGAGGUUUCAAAUUUGACGGUUAGUUGAACUAAAAUUUUCAAAGAACCAGUCUCAUAUAGUUUGCACAAAGAUAUGAAUACGAUUGUGUCAUAGUGGGUCUAAAAUUAAUACUAAUUUAAGAAUUAUACAUCACUUUUACAUAUUCAAUACCUCAAUUCGAUAUGGAAUAUUCGAACUAAUGAUAUUUGGCCCGCAAUUUUAAAGGUAUCCUCUAUUUAUAAGAUAUAUAAUAAUUUAAUUAAAUAUUAAACAAUAAUUAAAAUGAGGAAUUUGGCCUCUGUUAGUCACACAAAGUUUCAACUCAAAUGCAUGUUUCUCUAAUAUUUUUUGCUUCUUAUUUGUAUGAGAUGAGGUCGACUGCCUCUAUGACUGUGCACCUGGAGAAAAAUGAAAUUUACUUUUGCAGGAUUAUGAUGGCUUUUGAGAUGAAUGGGUCUAGUAUUGUAGGCUCUCGAAUCUAAAACAAGAAGAAGAGACGAUGAGAUAGUCGAACAUGGUCUGUGAUGUUUCAUGUUGUAGGGUUCUGUGAAAAGUAAAAGAAUGAUAUGACAACGUAUCUACGUAUAUAAAUUGCUGAAAACAAUAUCAUUUUGAAGUGACCCCGAUGCUCGAAUCAGUUGGUUAUAUUGGUCGGAUUUUCCGCUGAGAUAGACAAACUUGACUUCGACCGAUUAGACAACCAACUGGGCCUUCGCCACCCGCUGAGAUACUCAGGUUUAGGUAGAAUUGGUUCAACCAGCAGAGUCAUACUCGAAUUGACAAUAAUGGUUAUGACUCUUGUCUGUGUUUGAAGAUACAUUAGUUCAAAUCUCAAUAUUUAUCUAUUUUCUAUACAAAAUAAAGAUAAGUAAUGGCAAAGACAAAAAAUUUAUUCAUACUUUUGCUCUCGUUGUAGGAAAUAAGAAAUGGGACGACAAUAUUAUAAUGCCAGUAGUAUAUAUUGUGAAGAGUGUAUAUGUAGAUAGGGGUGACAAACGGUAAGUCGGUAAACGGUUUACCGUUUUACCGAAUCGGUAACCGGCGGUAAACGGUAAACCGUUUACCGGCGGUAUCGGCAGCCGAGGGUCAAAUGGGGAAGCUCGGUUUACCGGCCCCAGUAUCAGUAAAUACCAACGGUAAUUCGGUAAUACCGAUACCGGACCAGUUACGGCAUUAACUAAUAACAUAUACUUCAUUAUUCACAAAUAUUACAUACAUGAAUGGAAGUAAGUAAGUAUAGACCUCAAAAAUAUUAUAAAUAAGAGUUAAAAAUAAUUAUUAAUUACGAAAAUAAAGAAAAAACUCAGAAAAUCAAAAUAUUGCAACAUCACCCCAUUGCCCAGAAAUUCGGUUCGGUAAUUUUCCGGUUAAAUGAACCGAAAAACCGUCCGCAACUACUCCUUACGGUAAGUCGGUAAAAACGAUUUGUAAUUGUUUACCGGUAAUUCGGUAACCUGUAAACCGGUUACAAACCGGUAUCGGUAAUCGAUUCCCACUUACCCACACUCGGCAUACCGAAAACCGGUAAGUCGGUAACCGGUUUACCGAUUACCGACCGAAUACCACCCCUAUAUGUAGACAUGUCCUUGCUCUACAAAUUCAUUUAAAUACAUAAAAAAAGAUGAAAUAAACAAACAUAUUAAACUCAACCUCGUCUAAUGAUUGUUGGAUCCUAUCAUGCUUGUCGAAUUAGGAAGAUUUAAAACUUAACGGUUAGCCGAGCUAAAACGUUCAAAGAACCCGUCCUAUAUAGUUUGCAGAAAGAUAUGAAUAUGAUUGUCUCAUAGUUUCGAUAAACUAAUACUAAUGUAAGAGUUCAACAUCGCUUCUACAUAUUCGAUAUUGCAAUUCGAUAAGUAAUAUUGAACCAAUGAUAUUUGGUUUAUGAUAAUUAAAUAUGAAAAUUGAAGUAUCAAAAUACCAAUAAGUACCGAGCGAAAAUUUAGUGACCUUAGCUAACCGUUGAAAAGUUUGUUGAAUUUUAAUUUUAGCUUCAUAUAUGUUUUUUUAUUUAAAAUGAUACAAUUUAUCUAUAUAGUUCGAUUGGUUAAUGUUCUUGUCAUUAUUGAAAAUGACCACGGUUUGAAUUCUAGUAUGUGGUUCUUUCUUUUAGGUACAAAUGAGAAACAAAUAGAUCAUUGAGAAGACACAAAUACCCUUCCUACUUUCACUCUCGUUGUAGGAAAAUUUGAAUGAGGGUAGAAGUUACAAAUUUUCUUUUAGUAGGAGACUAGGAGUCUUCCAAUAUGAAAACUCUAACUAGAUUGGGUGAUCUUUCUUUGGGUACAACACCUUCGAGUUUUUUUUAUAAAGGUGAUAUAGAUUUCUUUUUUGUGAUUAAGGUACUACUUAAGGGAUUUAAACCUGGGAUCUCCAAGUUCUAGGCUAGUGUAUUACCACUAGACAAAGCCUUAUUCGUACUCAACACCUUCGAGUUGGCGCAUGAAAGAUUACAAGUAUUCAAUUGCAGGGAAAGCAAAGUGAAUAUGAUAGUGGACCCAAAUCCUUUGGGGAUUAAGAUAUUAAUUAUUAUUAUUAUAUAAGCAACAUGAAUAUGAUUUUGGCCGGUUGAAUCUAGUUCAAUCAGUAUCUGUCAUGAACCCUACCGGUAUGUCCCCAAUGAUCAAUUUACAAUUCUCUAAGCAAAACGCUGUAGUUUUAGUAAUUUUAAUUAAUAGAAAAUAAAUUUAUAAAUUAUUUUAUGAGUUAAAAAAGUUAAUUGUUGAUGUUAUUUGUUGGAUUCAAGUAUAAAUGUUUAGGUAUUCUUGUCGUUAAAUAUUGUAUAUUUGUUACUUUAUAUGAAAUAUAGCAUGUUAUUUAAAUAUGAAUUGUAAGUAAAUUGUCUUCAUAUAUGAUUUAUAUAUGGUUAAAUUCAAUUGAUGUUAAUGGAAUUUCAUAAUUCUACAUGACCGUGAUGCUUUGAAAAUGAGUUUGUGCUUGAAUGAAAUCAUGAAAAUCACCCCACUAUGAGUUAAUUAUUUAGCCUGAAGAACGAUAUCCCAAUCAAGACCGCAUAGUACCUUAUUUAAUCCACUGCCGCUUCGAUAAGUUACUAUGACCAUACCUUAUAUUUGUUGAUUUUUGUGAGUGAACUAUUUUGAUCUGGGUGUUAGUGUGCAGGUGAAUUUUUCAGGUUUAUCCUCCUCGUGCAUGCCAAGGAGGACGGCUGGCAAUUUACUGCCACUAGAUCCCGAGAUCGAGAGGACCUGCCGACAGAACAGGAAGCAGGUCAAGUUAGGGAAGCAGCCAACCACAAUCACAACUCCUAGGCCUUCACUAACUCAGAAUCGUCAACCGAGAAGGCACUACAUAUUUAGUUAAAUCGACAUAAACCGAUGACAUAAACUGAUCUCACAACCGGUCUAAUCAUUCCACUUGCUAUACCGCGGUGCAAUGGUAUAAACCGGUUCGAAUAUCACCCUUUCUUUAAGUUAACCUAAUUCAGUUUGGAAAACGUUCAUAGAAAGAAAGGGACAAUGAAAAGAAUUCUAUAUAUUUUGUAUAUGACAGAACUACAUACGUAUAACUCUUCAAUUCCGAAAAAGAAAAGGACAAAACGCUACUUGGAUGAUAUUUUCUAUAUAAUAUAGUAGAAAGAACCGUCUGUAUGCAUAUUCGUCCCAAUACUGCUCCUACAAUGAAGAUAUUGAUGGCGACGAUUUGGAUCGCCGUUCGUUCUCUAAUCCCCCUGGCCGUCAUCGCCAUCGCCCACAGAGUCAUCAAUAACGAGCUCCCCGACGAGUCGCACCCGUACUACUACUUGGCAAGAUACCUCUCCCUCGGAUGCUAUUCGGUAUGCGUACCGGCCAGCACGUGUUGGCGGUACAUUAUGAUAAUCCGAGAGAUCGCCAGAAAAAUAGAAGAACUCAAGGAUCCAGCUAUCGAACGCAGAAUCCAUGAGCUGAAGGCAUCCAGCUCCUCUGAGCUUACUCUUACCGUAGACGACGACUCGGUUGUGUCGUGGACCAUCGCUCUGUUCAUCCCCUUUCUUCCCUUCCUGAUCGGCAUCGCGAUCUUGCCCGCCGAAGGUGCUGACAAGUUAGAGGCCGCAGAAUGGGUGAGUGGACAGUAUAUAUUGGGAUGCAUUUUCAUCUCGCUGGUUAUGCAGGUUUAUCCAAUCAUUUGCUUCACGUGGACGGGGAAGUUGGAUGAACUCAUCCGCUUACAUAGAGAUCCAGUCAUCAAAAAAAGAAUUCUCGAGUUGAAGACCUCCUCAUACUCCUCCAUUUCAAUCGAGCCUAAUGAUGUGAUGGGUCAAACCACCAGGAUUAAGCCAGUUGUCAAACCCUAGCCAGCCAGCCAGCUUGGAUUAGUUUAAUUCGUUGAUUUCCUUUCGACGUUAUUGUUAUCGUUGUUGCUAGUACUGGAUUCGUUAGGCCCGCAUGGCCCUUAAUUAGUUUGUUUCUUCUUCGAUGGGUUUUCUGUUUAGUUUAGUUUAGUUGCAUAGGUCGCGGUUGAUAUACAAAUAUGAUUGUCGUUCUUUUAACCGAUGAAUAAUUUGUUGGCAUUUGUUGAUUGAGUAGGGCAGGUAUCUCGCCGCAUAUUUUUUACUAGAUCUGGUGUGGCUAGAUAGGGCUGGCUAUUUAGUCCGGGGUUUUUCAAUUUAAUCGAAAACCGAACCGUUUAAGACCGGAACCGGGAGUAAAACAAUCAAAUUCGCCUCUGGUGUCUAU